CUCUCAGUCCCAUUUGCGAACAACUUCGGCGUUCUCUGGAGAUCACCAAUUGAAAAUUGAAGAACGUUUUGAAAAACCAGCAAAGCCCUAGAGCGGCCAUUGUCGCUUGUUAUCACUCUCUCUUUCUCCGCGGUUAGAGCCACCGACUCGGUGUUCUUCGAAUCAUAAAAUGGGUCGGAAGGUUGGUACGGUGUAUAUAAAUCCAAAGAAAUUUGGAACUUUUCACAAACCUUGCAUGAAGGAAAUGAUAGCAUUUCUCAACUGCAUGGCUCCAAACCAGCUCUGUGAUGAUAAGUGUGUAAAGCAGAAGGAACUUUUGGGUACUUGUAUGGAGGCUCAGAGCAACAAAAACAGAAAGUCAAUGGGAAGCAUCAAUUACCACUUGCAGAGGCUGAGCAGGGGAAGGAAGUAGUUUGGCUUUGUAGGGAACGUUGUUUAAGUUGAUGUAUGAUUAUUUGGAGUCAUCAAUUACCACACACCCAUUUUUGCCCUUUAAUCGUCAAUUCAUUUGAUCUGACAUCCGAAAAUUAAGAGGGGUGUGUGGACAGUACCAUCGUGUUUCACGUAUAAUUUCCCUGCUUGAUGCAAUAGGUAUGGGACUUUCUGGACAUAUUGUUUUUGAAAAUUUCUGUUGCUAAUUUGGUUUAAUGAAAAUUUCCAUUGAUCUGUAAA